AUGGAGACAUCAGUAGAAAGAGGAGAGGAUCACAUCAGCUCGUUCUGCCAGAGUAACCCACUGUAUGACUUGGACAUGAAGCUGAGCAGGACUGACAUGUACACCUUCCAGAGCAGCGGUAAGCAGGGGUGGACCUGGGGUCGCAGGGGUGGACCUGUGGGUCGCAGGUUCGGACCUGGGGGUCGCAGGGGCGGACCUGGGAGUCACAGGGGUGGACCUGGGGGUCGCAGGGGUGGACCUGGGGGUCGCAGGGGUGGACCUGGGGGUCGCAGGGGCGGACCUGGGGGUUACAGGGGCGGACCUGGGGGUUACAGGGGUGGACCUGGGGGUCACAGUGGCAACAUUUUGACUCGUAAGUUAUUCUUGACCAAAGGCUUGGUGAUUCAACAGUAGUGAGCUUCCACCCUUUAGAUCCUUUCAGAUCUACAGGAGUGCCUAGGGGGGUAGAUGUUAGAGCCCCAUUUGGAAUGUAGCAUAAAUAGUUUGUGUUCAUGUCAACAUGUUUCAGAUCUAAAACCAGCCAAGGCCAGAGGAGCACAGCGAUGUCUGAAUGUUAUUGUCAUUUACCUCAUCCUUCUGACUGCACUGAAUGCCUUCCUCCUGUAUAAAGGUACAUCAACCAUUGGUUGGUUUUAUGUCCAAAAUGGUUCAAAUACGUUUGUCUAAUGUAAAUGAGAAACCAGAUUUUCCAUUAUAUCCUGAACUGCAUCACACGACUUCCUGUAUUAGUGACACUUUUUGUCUCUCUCUGUGCACCUCCCCCCAGUCUUUUCGAUGGAGUCUAGUAGUUUCUCCUCCUCUGGCUCCAGGACAGCGACGCUGACCGACAUCCACAUCCCCCUAGGGACGGACCAGGAGGAGGACCUCCGUACCCUGGCCAGAAACACCAGCCUGGAGUCCACCUCUCUCAGAGGAGACCUGGGGAGGUUACAGACCCAGGUCACCAACCUAUGUGGGGAGGAUGGCCAGCUGGGCCAGCUGAGGACGGACCUGGGCGUGGUCAAUGCCAGCACCACUCUCCUUCAGGACACAGUGAAAGCACUCAGAUUCCUCAAAGGUAGCUACUGUAAAAAAUGGCAGGAUGUCCAGGUUGAUAGUUCUUACAUUUGAUAUAAAAUAUGGGUACACAUGGAGGUAGGUAUACACCCACAUUUUGGGUUGUAGAGCAAUUGGCCCUUGUGUUGUAUGAGAUUAGCAUAUCAUGUUUUUGUCAUUAUGCUUUGCAAAGUAUAAAUUACAACACAAGAAUGUAUUUGGUGUAAUAAUAAAGUGUUGUUGCAUUGCAGCUCCACCAGGCCCACAGGGACCUACUGGUAAGUUCCCUCAUCCUUAGUGCCGAAUCAACAACCACAGACGAGAGGAAGAGAGGUAUCAAUGUCCCUUACACCACAUGCUUGUAAUUCACAUGUAAUUUGAUGCUGUGGUUCCCCUAGGUCCACCUGGUGCGAGGGGGGAAAAAGGAGACACAGGUGAGUCCACAUAAUGCGCUGCAUUGCUCAAUUGUAGUGGCAUCACUGCAUCACUGCAACAGCCAAUGUUAGCUCAGCACCAAUCUAACUCUACCACACAUUGUAAGGUUGUAGGAGAGGAAAUAUGUAGCAUUAGCAUUUAUCCGCUAGUCUGUCCUGUAAUGAUCUGUGCACUGAUGACCUGUCAUCUCCAGUCAGGAUCAGAGGAAGUGGAGGAUGAAUGAUCUGCCUGCCUCUCCGUUUCAUAAUAACCCACUGCUUAGUCAAUGCACUGACAUUUACCCCUGUAUGAAGUCUCAAUCAGGGAUGGACUUUCACACAAGCUAACAGAUUACCAUGCGAGCCUGAGUCAGGCGUUUUCCAAUAGGUCGUCCUACCAAAAUGCCAUCCUUCAUCAUACUAUAGAAUGGAUGCUAACUAUAGCGGUUAAGUAAGCAGGCAGCCACUUUCAGUCAGCUAACAUGGAAAGGUGCCAUUUUUUGAGGCAAUGAUUGUAUUUUUGCAAUAACAUAAUCCAUCAAAGAAAAGUUAAGAAUCCAUCAGACUCAAUAUCAAUAAUGUUUCAUACAGACCUUUCUCUGUCAGGUGAUCUGUGAUCUGUAAAGUUGAUUUGAUGUGAUUCACGCAGUAACAUUUAAUGUUUGCUUUUGUAUAUAAAUAGAUAGUGAGGGUUACUGUGUUCCAGGUGAGACAGUAGAUAGUGAGAGGGUUACUGUGUUCCAGGUGAGACAGUAGAUAAUGAGAGGGUUACUGUGUUCUAGGUGAGACAGUAGAUAGUGAGAGGGUUACUGUGUUCCAGGUGAGACAGUAGAUAGUGAGAGGGUUACUGUGUUCCAGGUGAGACAGUAGAUAGUGAGAGGGUUACUGUGUUCCAGGUGAGACAGUAGAUAAUGAGAGGGUUACUGUGUUCUAGGUGAGACAGGACAAAAAGGAGACCCUGGAGUUGAUGGCCAGACUGGAGCCAAUGGAGAACCAGGGGAACCCGGACCCAAAGGUGAUUCACCUUACUCCUACUGACAUCAAACCUUAACCUCAAUAUAAACCCCAAUAGGAAAUGUGACAUUAUUACUGAUAUUUUAUGUCAUAACAAUGCAUUUAGUAGUCUGUGGUUCUUAAUGCUCAUUUCCACUGGCUCACACAGAGUUCUCUUGUGGUUCUACCACUAAUGAUCUCAAUCCAGUACAUCAACUCUAUAACAUGUAAAUGUUUCAGGUGAAGAUGGUGCCACUGGACCACAAGGACCAGCUGGUGCACCAGGUAAGUCCAUUAGUACUAACAUAGAACCAGUCCAGUAGUACUAACAUGGGAUAGAACUCAAGCAGUAGAGUUUUGGAGAACAUGGUGGAUAAGUUGACUGUUUACCAUGACAAUGACCCAUUCAUCAACACUAACUUUACAGCUCCUUAGUGGACAGGCUGGGAAUAUUUCACCAUAGUUUGGUUGAAGUACUGUGGUAUUAAUGAGCUCUUUUAGUCUAAGAGACAUUCAGAGGCUAGAUUAAUUAUUGACAGUUUCACAGGGGCCAGAUCUGCAGGUGGAGUUGGGUGAUUAAGUGUCAGGAAUACUGAAUAUUACCCCUUUUUCAUUCUGACUCCGCCUCUCUCCCCCUCUUUCACCCCAUCCGUCACAGAGUAAACGUGUGUCGUGCACUUGAUGUCCCACAGCCCAAUCAAAAUAAAAUAUGCCUUUGAUUCAUAUUUGAUUGGCUGAACUUGCUCCAGGACUUUGCAUUUGUUAUAGCUGAAAAACAAGCCCUGAUUCUUCAAAAGCUUUCGAGGGGGGACGUUAAUGCGUUUUAUAAAGUGUAGGUUAGAUGGUUAAAGCUGCUGCUGCUGCUGUUGCUGCCCAGGCAGAUACUAUUCUUUCUCUCCAUGAACGGAAAUUGAUAUUUUUAACAGCCUGGUGAGCACAAGGCCUUAUUCUCUUACGGUCUGGAAUAGGUAGGAGAUCCACUCCUGACAAUAGACUCAAACUCCACUUUUGGGGAUAACAGAGUCAUAAAUACAAAUAUUCCCCACUAAAUCUAUCUUUUAUAUUAUCCUAUAUUAUGAGUUAUCAUAAAUAUGAAGUUAUCAUGAAUCAAAUUAACAUGUGACAUUUCCAGGCAGUAGUUCCACUUCCAUUUCAGCCUUCUCAAUUUCUGUUCCUGUUGUCACAGUAAUUCGGAAACCAUAUCAGCAGAUCAUCAUUGUGAAAUCUGUCCAUUUUAAGUCCUCUGAAUUGAAAUUAGAAGUGCUGAGUAAAUGCAUUACUAUCUGGAAAUAAAGCAAUUUUGGAGUUCUACUUGCUUCACCACAAAUACAGUACAUUUUUCUUAGCACAGCCACUUCACGACUUGUAGCCAUUGCUAUGGUGCCAGAGAUAAUGUAUAUGAUGUUAAAAGGGGUGAAGUUCCCCUGUGUAAAAAAAGUAUUUAGUCAGCCACCAAUUGUGCAAGUUCUCCCACUUAAAAUGAUGAGAGAGGCCUGUAAUUUUCAUCAUAGGUACACGUCAACUAUGACAGACAAAAUUAGGAAAAAAAUCCAGAAAAUCACAUUGUAGGAUUUUUAAUUAAUUUAUUUGCAAAUUAUGGUGGAAAAUAAGUAUUUGGUCAAUAACAAAAGUUUCUCAAUACUUUGUUAUAUACCCUUUGUUGGCAAUGACACAGGUCAAACGUUUUCUGUAAGUCUUCACAAGGUUUUCACACACUGUUGCUGGUAUUUUGGCACAUCUCCUCUAGAGCAGUGAUGUUUUGGGGCUGUCGCUGGGCAACACAGACUUUCAACUCCAUCCAAAGAUUUUCUAUGGGGUUGAGAUCUGGAGGCCACUCCAGGACCUUGAAAUACUUCUUACGAAGCCACUCCUUCGUUGCCCGGGCGGUGUGUUUGGGAUCAUUGUCAUGCUGAAAGACCCAGCCACGUUUCAUCUUCAAUGCCCUUGCUGAUGGAAGGAGGUUUUCACUCAAAAUCUCAUGAUAUAUGGCCCCAUUCAUUCUUCCCUUUACACGGAUCAGUCGUCCUGGUCCCUUUGCAGAAAAACAGCCCCAAAGCAUGAUGUUUCCACCCCCAUGCUUCACAGUAGGUAUGGUGUUCUUUGGAUGCAACUCAGCAUUCUUUGUCCUCCAAACACGACGAGUUGAGUUUUUACCAAAAAGUUAUAUUUUGGUUUCAUCUGACCAUAUGACAUUCUCCCAAUGCUCUUCUGGAUCAUCCAAAUGCACUCUAGCAAACUUCAGACGGGCCUGGACAUGUACUGGCUUAAGCAGGGGGACACGUCUUGCACUGCAGGAUUUGAGUCCCUGGCGGCGUAGUGUGUUACUGAUGGUAGGCUUUGUUACUUUGGUCCCAGCUCUCUGCAGGUCAUUCACUAGGUCCCCCCGUGUGGUUCUGGGAUUUUUGCUCACCGUUCUUGUGAUCAUUUUGACCCCACGGGGUGAGAUCUUGCGUGGAGCCCCAGAUCGAGGGAGAUUAUCAGUGGUCUUGUAUGUCUUCCAUUUCCUAAUAAUUGCUCCCACAGUUGAUUUCUUCAAACCAAGCUGCUUACCUAUUGCAGAUUCAGUCUUCCCAGCCUGGUGCAGGUCUACAAUUUUGUUUCAGGUGUCCUUUGACAGCUCUUUGGUCUUGGCCAUAGUGGAGUUUGGAGUGUGACUGUUUGAGGUUGUGGACAGGUGUCUUUUAUACUGGUAACAAGUUCAAACAGGUGCCAUUCAUACAGGUAACGAGUGGAGGACAGAGGAGCCUCUUAAAGAAGAAGUUACAGGUCUGUGAGAGCCAGAUAUCUUGCUUGUUUGUAGGUGACCAAAUACUUAUUUUCCACCAUAAUUUGCAAAUAAAUAAAAAAUCCUACAAUGUGAUUUUCUGGAGAAAAUAAUUCUCAAUUUGUCUGUCAUAGUUGACGUGUACCUAUGAUGAAAAUUACAGGCCUCUCUCAUCUUUUUAAGUGGGAGAACUUGCACAAUUGGUGGCUGACUAAAUAAUUUUUUUCCCCACUGUAUUUGAUUCUCUUUAGUGGAUAUUGUGUGUGCGUGUGUGUACGUUCGUGUAUACAGAACUCUGAUUAUGUGUCAUACAGACAGUGCAGCCACUAACUGUUCAGGACCCCCUGGGCUGUCAGGACCACCGGGACCAAAGGGGGAUAUGGGACACAUUGGUGAGUCUGCAUGGGCUUAAAGGGAUACUUCGGGAUUUUGGCAAUGGGGCCCUUUAUAUACUUCUCCAGAGUCAGAUGAACUUGUGGAUACCCUUUUUAUGUAUCUGUGUCCAGUAUGAAGUACAUUGGGGUAGUUGCGUGAGCCAAUGCUGAUUAGCGUUAGUGCAAUGACGAGCCAAUGCUAACUAGCGUUAACACAAUGGCUGGAAGUCCUAUAGCAUGCUAGCAGAUACCCAUAGACUUCCAGUCAUUGUGCUAACGCUAGUUAGCAUUGGCUCGUGAAACUAUCUCUAACUUCCUUCAUACUGGACACAGAGAUAUACUUCUCUGUGCAUAUUUGCAUAUUUGAAGGGCUCACAUGUAAACAACCUAUUUUUUAGUAUUCAACAAUAAACUGAACCUGGCCUUUAUUCUAUUCUCUUGCUCUAACCUUUAACCUCCCAACCUCUUCACAGGUUUACCCGGGAUACCAGGCCAGAACGGGACCAAAGGGGACACUGGUAAAUAACUGUUGAUGUUUAACUGUUUCAUGAGGCCAAGCAUGAGGUUGUCUGUGUUAGUGUGUGUGACUGUGUGCGAAUUUCUUCAGAUUUUUGCAUUUUCAUCUUUACUGUACUGUAUAGCCUCCACAUUGUAGAGCGAGUGUGACAUAGUGUGCUGUGAAUCUUCCAGGAGUCCAGGGGCGUGGUGGAUUAAAAGGGGCCCGUGGUCCGAAGGGUGACACAGGGCUGAUAGGACAACCUGGACCCAUAGGACCUGAAGGUGAGUCUCACACUGUUUCUGAGCUAUAGGAACCUCAUAAUCACGUCCUUCAAACAGUUGAUUACAAGAAUGACAGGUUAUGUAGAUGGUCUACAUUUUCUUUAUUAUAUUCUCCUACCGUUAAGUGUUAUUUUAAUCAUGUAUGACUUCUUGGACAAAUCUGUGGUUCUUGUUGUUCUUCCAUAGGACCAAGAGGACCUGCUGGUGUUAAUGGAACAAGAGGAUUUCCUGGUGUGUGUGUGUCUGUGUGUGUGUGUCUGUGUGUGUGUGUGUGUGUGUGUGUAUGUGUGUGUGUAUGCGUGUGCGUGUGUGCAUGCGUGUGCGGGAUUGCGUGUGAGUGUGCUUAAUUUUUGUGUGUGUGCAUCUGUGCGGGAUUGCGUGUGUGUGUUUAAUUUUUACUUCUGUAUGUCCUAGGUUUUCCAGGGUUGCAGGGAAGUCCUGGAAGCCAAGGUCCACGUGGAGAGAAGGGUGAAAGAGGAGCUGGACCAGGUGAGUGUGUGGAGCUGUGGAGCCUCACAGACACAAACACACACACAUAUGUGCUGAUGUGCAUUUAUUUACCUAAAUAUUUUCUGUAUUUAAAUAUGAUAUUUAUUCAUUUAACUGAAUAUUCAUGUGAAUAUGCUCCCGCUCCCCCUCCCUGGUGCUCGAGGGCGCCAGGCUGCACAUCAUUACGCACAACUGUCACCAUCGUUACGCGCAUCAGCGCUCAUUGGACUCACCAGGACUCCUUCCCUUUGUUAAUUACCUCCCCUAUAGCUGUCUAUUCCUCUGUUUGAUCCCGGUGUCAGCAUUGAUGUUGUUUCGUUUCCCCUGUUCAGACGCUGUCCGUGUUUUGUUCCUGUCUGUUUUUUCCAUUAAAUGCUCACUCCCUAUACUUGCUUCCUGUCUCCCAGGGUCUGUCCUCACAACAAUUCAUUUUCAAUCACAUGCAUGCAUAAAGUAUUUUCAAAUGUCUCUAUCUGAUGACAGCGAAUGUGCGUAUUGCUGGCGGGGGGGCUCGUGGGAGAGUGGAGGUGAUGUGGUUGGGGCAGUGGGGUACGGUGUGUGACGACAGCUUUGACACACUGGACGGGACGGUGCUCUGCCAGAUGCUGGGGUACCAAAGAGCCUCUACAGUCUUCACAGCCAGCGCCGGUGAGUCCAUCCUCUACCUUAUCACUUCGAUAGAUACUCCAUUUGGUUUUGUCUGUUUGUUCCUUCUGAGGAUGUAUAGAGAUCCUUUCGUGGUUGAGUUUUGUUUCACACUAUAGAUAUUCAUAAAUUGCUCACUGUUCAUUGUUGAAUCUCCUGGACUUAGCUUGUGGAUUGUGUUGUGAUUCUUUUAGGAAUGGGUAAGAUCUGGUUAGAUGACCUGCGCUGCAAAGGCACAGAGACCAGUGUGUUUGACUGCCCCCACAACGGCCUGGGCGUCAGCAACUGUCAACACAACGAGGACGCUGGGGUGCAGUGUGUGUGAGUGUGUCCUGGAUCCAAAGGAGAGACUCCUGGAUGCACAGAAAGAGACACACACACACACAACAUGUAAACACAUUAACAUGUCAAAUACUGUAGUUAAUGGUAUUGAGACUUGUUGCAUCUGUCUCAUCUUAUUAAAACAACAUUAAUAACUUAUAGGCAUUUCAAUAAACUUGGCAUUUAACUAACAUGAAGCUAACUUAUCACUGCCUGUAAUAAUGUACCCUGGAUGAAAGUUUAUACAGAAUACACUGAACUGCAUUUUGUAAACCAGUUUCAUCAGUUUUAAAUAAAACAGUGAAAAAUCAAACAAUAUGAGUCAGAUGCAGUUUGUAUAAAUGUUUUGAAAUGCUGUAGGCCACUUGAUCCCACUCCUCCACCCACUCACCAUCACCCUCCUACACAUACACACACCAAGACUUAAUUCUGCUUAGGCCAGCACGGUUAAAAGUCAGUCUGAAGGACAAGCACCUCCCUGACUGACUUCCAGUAUUUGGGUCAACACUUCUAUAUGAAACAGCCAGUCAGUCAUGUUACAUUAGACAGAGUGAAGUUAAGGGACCAAAAUAACUUGAGUGUAGAUAUUAUCUAGGCUGGUGUCCAAAUUAUUUAAUAAAUGUAUCCAAGCACAUUACAGUCCCGUGAUCUAGAAAAGGGCUAACAGUUUGUGACAUGCAGCUUUGCAGUUUGCAAUAAGAAACUAUUCAGUGCAAAACAAAAUGUUUCACAUUCAACAUAUGCCAACACUUUCAUUUGCUCCCCAGUUAAGCGAUGGCUCCUGAAAAUGGAAUGGUCUGUAUUAUAGAAUGAGGUGGUAUUAGUGUAGGACACAAAUGGCCACCUGCUUUCAGGCGAGCGACAGAGCACCUGAUUCACAGCCCAUUCGUCUACAACCAUUCCCUUUCAGGGGACACGAGCCUGAGUCACUUCCUUAGAUACAACCAUCAUCCCUAUAAGUGGCUCACUUCUCCCCUCAUCCUUCCAUCUCUCCAUAUGCCGGGGGAGUAGACCAGGCGUAUUAAAACACAAAGUGCUGAUUAUCAUUCAGCAGCCUUGUCUCCGUCUCUCCUGGGACUCCUGCUCUCAGCAAAGCUGGGAAAUAAACAUGAGGGGUUCUGUCUCCCUCAUUCAUUAGCCAGUCGAACCUGGGGUCGCCCCGGCCCGCUCCCUGACCCCUGGACCACCGAAUGUAAUUGAGGGCUGGCGCAGAUAA